UGUCCGUUUCUACCCUGCCAAAAUGAUUCACUCAAUUGUAUAAAUAUCAACCCACUCGAGACCAACCGUUUAGUCCAACUCCAUCUUUCACCAUGAUCGCGUCCGCUCCAGCCAAAUCGUGCGCUAUAAAACGCGCCUCGCCGGAAGUGCAACUUCCGGCCGAACUUUGGGAAAAGGUGCUCCUCAACCUCAACACGUACCAGUUGGCGCAAGCUCGCGCCACUUCCCGGUCACGAGAAAUUCUAGCAGAGUUUGUUCUGCUAGAAUCCUGCUAGAACGGUUCUAGCAGGCCUGCCAGAAUUAUCUAAGAAUUUUGUUAGAACAUUCUGACAGAGUAAAAUCUGUCGAAAAUGACGUCAUUUUCGCCAAACCGCAUUGUUGUCGCCAUCUUGGAAAAAAAAACUUGUUGCCAAAAGUGGCAAUUUUCCCAUCAGUGAAAAAAUGUCGAUUCGGUGGCGUUCCGUUUCUAACCUGAUCUUCCGGAGUUUGGUACUAAUCCCAUUACAUACGCCCGGAAGACGCGUCAGAACAUCACCAACCACAACCAACUUCGAUCCCAGCAGCCGUUUACGGACAUCAUUUCUGGAAUGCCCUCAGGCCUGCUACGAUUUUUGAGUCCAGGUUGGUAAGAGAUGAGUCGUAGAGUUCGGUGCUUCCGCUCCUGCCAUGUCAACGCGGACAUCAACCGUAGAAGAAUUAAGAAUCAACCGUAGUGAAGUAAAUGGUGCACAAAAAAAACAAGUGUAAAUGAGACCGUUGUAUUUUUCUGUGAAUGUUUUUGUGAGUAAUAAAAGAUUAAACAUCUUGUUGUCUUUCAUCUGAAAUCCAACAGAAAAAUUACUUCUUUUUUCUUAUCAAUUUUUAAUUAAAUUAUAGAUUCUACCAGAAAUAUUAGCUGGAACAUUCUUACUGAAUUCUAGCAGGAUUCUAGCAGAAAAUUUUGCCGUCUCGUUCUAGCAAAAUUCUUACAGAAUUCUAGCAGGUUGGCCUGUCAGAAUACUCUAGCAGCAUUCUAGCAGGAUUCUUACACAACCGGUUGAUUUCGCCGUUCCUGCUAGAACCGGUUAUUGCAUUUGAGCUAGAAUUCUUUGAGAAUUCUUACAAAGAUCUGGCAGGAUGAUGGCAGUGUUCUAGUAAGAAUAUUUUCGCUCUGUUAGAAUUCUGUAAGAAUCCUGUGAGAACGCCGUGACUGGGUUGCCGCCAGUGGAACGAAAUUGUCCGUCGGUCUCCGGUUCUGAUGAACCGGUUCGUGGUUCACUUUCCACAGCGUUCCACGCUGGAACCGGAAGCGGAGUCGGUGCGGGUGUUUGCCGGGUCGAAAGCUCGAUAUUCGCGGGUAGUGUUGGAUUCGUUGACCAUUACGGAGCAGGUGGAUCGGUGGUGGCCCGUCCUGGGGCAGGAACUGGAAACGCUAACGGUGGAAGGGUGCCGCGUUUCGACGGAAACGGUUCUGAGGAUCUUGAGCUUGUCGCCGAAGCUGAAACGGUUCACGUUUCGGUGCGGUUCGGAGCAUGAUUUUCGGAGUGGUUCAGUGGCGGAUUUCAAGCUGGGAAAGCUGGAAGUGUUGCGAUUGGAUCGGAUUGAACUGCUGGAAGUUUUGCGGGGGUGCUGUCCGGGACUUAGGCUACUCAAGCUGGAAGAUGGCUUCAAGCCAAUUAGUGAGGGUUACGAGAGAACUGUGCUGGAGUUCGUCGAAACGGUUCAGGAUACUUUGGAGGGAAUCAAACUGGAGCAAGUGUCCGCUUUCCUGUUGGAGAAAAUUGCCAACUUGAGCCGGUUACACCUGCAGCGAAUUUCUCUGGAAGGUUCCGGUCAGUACGGCGAGCAAGAUUUGAUUGAGUUCAGUCGGCUGCAAAGCAGCAUCCAGCACUUUAACGUGACCAGCCUGGAGGCGAUAUCUGACGCAGUAAGUCACUUAUCUUGAGUUUCAGUGAUUCACGAGAUCAACUGUGUAGUAACAGCUGACGCAACAUGCUUCAAGUGGGGCGUCAAGCUUUCUACGAGGUCUGGCUUGACCGUUUUUCUAUUUUUAUCUCAGUCUGGACUUUCGUUC